UUAAAGAAGUGAAAGUAAAAGUAAAAACCUGAGAAGUGCUGACACUCCGCUUGGCUUUUGAGGGCUUACGUCGAACGUUUGUUGUAACUCCAGUUCAGGAUCCAGCCUCUCUGUGAACAUGCUGCACACUGUGAAGCACUGCGAGCUGCAGUCCGGGGGAUUCUGCUUCGAGAACAGCCGCAGGAAUGCAGUUCUGGAGUCCAGCUUGUCAGUCGGCUACAAAGCUCCAGGGGCCAGAAAGACGGGGACCACCAUAGCUGGGAUCGUUUACAAGGAUGGAGUGAUCCUGGGAGCUGACACCCGGGCUACAGACGACAUGGUGGUGGCCGACAAGAACUGCAUGAAGAUCCACUACAUCGCUCCCAACAUCUACUGCUGCGGGGCCGGCGUGGCUGCAGACGCUGAGAUCACCACGCAGAUCAUGGCGUCCAAUGUGGAACUGCACAUGCUCAACACCGGGCGACCUGCACUCGUCACCAUGGUCACCCGGCAGCUGAAACAGAUGCUGUUCAGGUACCAGGGUCACAUCGGUUCAUCCCUGAUUGUUGGAGGAGUGGAUGUGACUGGAGCUCAGCUGUACAGUGUUUACCCUCACGGCUCCUACGACAAACUGCCUUUCCUCACCAUGGGAUCUGGAGCUGCAGCUGCUGUCUCUGUGUUUGAGGACAGGUUCAAACCAAACAUGGAGGUGAGGCUGACUAUAACCAAUGUGAUGUUUGUUGUGCAUUGCAGAUGAUCUCCUCAUGCAGAUGUAUGGGAAGAUGUGUUUUGUAUAAACAUCUCCCAACAAGAAGACAAGAUAUUAAAAAACCCAAGAGAACGAGUUAAAUCAUCUGGGUGGAGAACUAUCACAAAAAUCCCUUUACACAUGGACGCAGGAAAAUGAGCCUGCUCUUUAUUAUAUUAGCUUCUUAUUAUCAGACAUAAACCAUCCCUGCUAACAUGUAUGCCAUUUCCCUGUGACGAUCCAUCAGCUAAAAUAUCUAGUUUCCUCUGAGAUCCAACUCAAAAUAAGAUGUUUCCAAGAGGCGUUAACGUAAAAAGAUAGAAGCAUUGUCUGGAAACAGGACCCUAUACCUCACUGCUCUGUUACUUAUUAAGUUAUUCGGUCUUAUAUGAAGUGUAAAGACAUAUUCUGACUAGAUGUUAGACAAAGAAACUUGGAAAGAUUACAAGUUUUUACAGUACCUACUAAAUCCUAUCUAAAUACCUUCUACUCUCUUCCUCCUUUUCCCGUUCAGCUGAGGAGGCGAAGCAGCUCGUACGAGACGCCAUCGCUGCCGGGAUCUUCUGUGACCUGGGAUCAGGCAGCAACGUGGACCUGUGUGUCAUCACCGCGGCCGGAGUGGAGAUCCUGAGAGGAUACGACAGGCCCGCCACGAAGGGCAAACGAGAGGGACAGUACAGGUAUAAGCCCGGCACCACGGCGGUCCUGACCAAAACUGUGACCCCGAUCCCUCUGGUCAAGGUCGACGAGUCUGUUCAGAUUAUGGACACUGAAUAAAAUGCACUAAAUGUCUUCUCUUGGACCAAAAUAUGUUAUAUUAUGUAGCCAGUAAUACAUCAAUGUACUAAAUACAAAAUAAAAUGAUGUGGUCAAUGGA